UUUGGCUAAUUAGUUUUUAAAAGUACAAUAUUAAUCCAAUUUUCCCCUUCCCCUUUCUCUCUUUGUCGUGAUAAGAGGUCGGCCGCUGCUCCUUCCCUUUUCGUUUCAGUUCCGGCGCGGCUACCUAUCAGGGAGACGCACGACGCCUUUCCCUUCCGGCUACGAGCACCUCCGAUUUUGCGACCCACUAGAACCUGGCGAUUUAAAGCCUGCGAUUCCUUUUCUCUACACGUUCCAGCAGUGUUCCAGCAACGUUUCUCCCUCUUCGGCGGGUUUUGGUAAGUGGAAUUCUACUUGAAGAGUCUAAUGCUCAUGAAUUAUAUGUGGUUUGGACGUGCAAGAAUAUUGUAAUGUUGAGUUAAUAUUUAGACGAUGCAGAAAGAUGGGUAGAAGAAAGAUGCAAGCAAUCAUCUUAAACCAAGUGAUUUUAAUUCAUUUUCUUUGAUUCUCCAAUGGGUUUUCUUCAAUUCCUCAGUUCCCUCCAAAGAUUAUCUCGAAGAACAAGCUCUUUCCACUCACUUCCAUGUUCUUCUUCACACUCUGCUUCAGCUAGAUCAGUUUCUUGUUCAAAAAAAAUCACUAGAAAUCAAACAUCAAUCUGCAUUUCAUCUUGUUGCAAUGAGCAUUCAACUAGGCUUAUUCCGAAUCACAAUUACGCCUCUCACCAUUCCACCAAUCAUGGUACUAAGCAUAGCAAGCAGGAUUUGGAGGCCGACCAAAAUUCUAUCAUGGAAAGUGCUGAAAUUGUCCAGGAUGCUGAAAAGUUAUGUAAGUUAAUAUCAAAAAACCCUAAUUCUUGCAUUGAAUCAUUGCUUGAUGGUGCUCCAAUGGAGGUGUCGCCGGCUCUGGUUGUGGAGGGGCUGAAGAAGCUGAGCAAUGCGGGGUUGCUUGCGCUUUCGUUCUUCAGGUGGGCAGAGAAGCAGAAAGGCUUCAAACACACUACGGAGAGCUACAACUGGUUAAUCGAAUCCUUAGGUAAGAUCAAACAGUUUAAUGUGAUAUGGAAUUUGGUGAGUGAUAUGAAACGCAAAGGAAUUUUAAGUAGAGAAACGUUUGCUUUAAUUUCUCGAAGAUAUGCUCGAGCUAGAAAAGUUAAGGAAGCAAUCGAUUCAUUUGUAAAGAUGGAAAAGUUUGGAUUCCAACUGGGAGUAUCAGAUUUCAAUAGACUGAUUGACACUUUAAGCAAAUCCAGAAACGUUGCGAAAGCACAGGAGGUGUUUGAUGAAAUGAAGCUCAGAAAAUUGAAGCCUGAUAUCAAGUCAUACACAAUUCUUUUAGAAGGAUGGGGUCAGGAUCAAAACUUGUUGAGGUUUAAUGAGGUUUAUAGGGAGAUGAGAGACGAAGGAAUAGAGCCCGAUGUUGUUACUUUUGGUAUAGUUAUUCAUGCACAUUGCAAGGCAAAGAAGUAUGAUGAAGCAAUUCGGUUGUUUCAUGAAAUGAAAGCUAAGGAUGUCAAGCCAUCACCUCAUGUGUUCUGUACUUUAAUCAGUGGUCUGGGCUCUGAGAAGAGAUUGAGUGAGGCUUUGGAGUUUUUCGAACAGUCGAAGUUUAGCGGCUUUGCUCCGGAGGCACCGACUUAUAAUGCUGUUGUGGGGGCUUAUUGUUGGUCAAUGAAGAUGGCUGAUGCAUAUAGGAUGGUAGAUGAAAUGAGGAAAUUUGGUGUUGGUCCGAAUUCGAGGACUUACGACAUCAUAUUACAUCACUUGAUAAAGGGUAGGAGAUUAAAGGAAGCUUAUUCUGUUUUCCAAAGAAUGAGUAGCGAGCCUGAGUGUGAACCAACUGUGAGUACAUACGAAAUUAUGGUGAGAAUGUUUUGCAAUGAAGGACGAGUGGAUAUGGCAAUUCGGAUUUGGGAUGAAAUGAAGGCUAGAGGAGUUCUUCCAGGAAUGCACAUGUUCUCAACGUUGAUUAAUAGCUUAUGCCAUGAGAACAAGUUAGAGGAUGCUUGCAAAUACUUUCAAGAGAUGUUGGAUGUCGGUGUUCGGCCACCAGCCACUAUGUUUAGCAAUUUGAAACAGGCUCUUCUUGAUGAGGGCAGAAAGGAUACUGCUUCAGUUCUGGCAGAGAAGAUUGAAAAACUGCGAAAGGCGCCGAAGCUUGGAUGAGUUGAGGAUUUCAUUUGAUAGUUCCUUGAAAUUCUGGUUUGGAAGAGAUGGUUUUCUUGAUUCGUUUUGUUCUGAACAUUCAUGUUACAUGGGAUGAAAUAAUGGGAUGAUUUUGACAUAAAAACAUUAGUAUGUCUGUCGACUUGAUUAUAGGCAAGAAACUGAAAAAGAAAUUGACACUUCUUGUAACUCUGUAAUUGCUUUGUGUUAUUGAUUAAUGAUCUUGCAUAUGAA